GCUCGCCAGCAAAAUGCGACACCCCAGGAAAGAGAAAACAAAGAAGGAAGAAAGACAGAAAGCAAGAAGCGUCCGCGAGCAAAUGAAACCCAAACCUAACCUUAGAAAGCAAAGGUGAGUACGAACAGCAGCAGCAGCAGAAGAAAGAAAAAAAAGGCGUAACCUACAACGCAGCCCACGUGCGCGCGUCUCCGCCGCCCCAGCACGAGAGGUACAUACGUAGUUACCACGUACAUGGCCAACACACGCGACUUCUCCGCAGCGGAAGAGGGCAACGCCGCAAAGCCUCUGGCGUUCCCGAGGUUAGAAAGCGGCGAGCAGCGACGGUCACGUCAGGCAGGAGGGGCAGCGCCGGUGCGGGAUGGGGAAUGUGGGGAAGCGAGGCGGGCUGGCGGGCUGGCGGGCGCGCGGCGAGUCAGAGGGGUCCGGCCGAGCGAGCGAGCGAAAGUUAGUGACUGUCGGCGAACGAUGCCCUUGCCCUCUCUCUCUCUCUCUCUCGGAUGGACAAUGGAACGCGGUGAGCGCUCUGCGCCGCGCGGAGCAGCAUCUUGCGGCGUGUGUAUGUACAAUAUGGGCGCGGUUAUCUACCUAGUUGCGGGGAGGUGGAGAGAGAAAGAGAGUGGGAGAGCUAUUUGCGACUUCACUACAGGGCAGAGCAAGGCAGGGCGUGCUAGGGCGCGUGGGAUGGCAGUGCCGCUAGUGGGACUGACUACUGACUAUCUGCUCCCUAGGCAGUGCUGCUACCACGUACAGUACAGUACAGUAUCUGGGUGUCCACAUGCACGCAGUACGCACUGCGCUGUGCUGUGGUGUAUGGGGAUGGCGCUAGCGUUGGCGUGGGGGUUCUUUUGCCUACCCGCCUGCCUGCCUGCUUGCUUGCUUGCUUGAUGCAGUGCCAACUACGAGUACAGGAUGGACGGAUGGAUGGAUGGCAUGGCAUUGGCAUGGCAGGGCAUAACAUGCAUGCACGCUCUGGUCUAGCCCAACCCUACCUGCUGGCGUGUGUACCUCGAUCGAAGCCUCGCCCACAACGGUAGGACAGCGCGACGCAGGGCGGAGGUCGUGACU